AUGUACCUCGACUACGAUGACUUCAUUAAUUUCACUUCUAUGUACUUGAAGGAAGAACAGUUUCGAAAGCUUUUUGUUGGUGGAAUCACUGCCAACACGACAGAACAAGUGCUUAAGGAUUUCUAUUCGCAAUGGGGCGAAAUUCAAGACGUUGUUGUAAUGAGGGAUUCACAUACGAAGAGAUCUCGUGGAUUUGGGUUUGUUACGUAUGCAGAAGCUGAGCAGUUGGAUACCGCUAUGGCUUCUCGACCUCACGUCAUUGAUGGCAAAGAGGUGGAACCAAAGCGUGCGAUGCCGCGUGAAGUAUGUUUUUUCUGUUUUGUUGCGCUUAGCAUUCCGUCGGUAAAAGUCAUACUAAGUUUUGUGUAUCUUUUUUACACUACAGCUGUGCUAGUUAGAGGUUCUUGAAG